GACCUCGACGUGUUCUUGUUUUUCACUUGUUGAAUUUUUCGAGCUGCUCUUUUUGAACACAGCUGGACAGUAGUUGGAUGUCUGAUACUAAAGAAUGCAACAUCAAUAUCUCCUUUUGUGUAAACCCACUUAUCUUCAACUCUACCUUGUUUUGGGGGCGUUGCACCACAUAUGACUGUAUCUAUGACACCAUGCUGAAGGUGUCAUGUGUCACCUUAGAGUAAAAGAAAUACCUGCUGCAAGAAGUUGCUGUCUUGUCACCUGACUGACUUCUGGUGAGCCUAACUCUUGGUUUCCCCUAUGUUCAGCAGCCACGAUGAGUACAGCUUGAAGCACAUGGGCAACCUCAUGAGCAGCAGGAGGCAGAAAGAUGGAGAGGAGAAUCUCAUUGGGCCCUCAUCAUCUGGGGAUGCUGCCUCCAGCGAGGACAUCCUGGAUCGAGAUGCCUCCACUCCGGUGUUUGUCUAUGUGUUGGCGUUCUUCUCUGCCCUGGGAGGAUUCCUAUUUGGGUAUGACACUGGGGUGGUCUCGGGGGCUAUGCUGCUCCUGAAGAAGGAGAUGAACCUGAACACUCUGUGGCAGGAGCUGCUGGUUUCCAGCACGGUGGGAGCCGCUGCGUUAUCUGCCCUGAGUGGCGGCUCGCUGAACGGAUGGCUGGGACGCAAGAUCUGCAUCCUCAUUGCCAGCUUCAUCUUCAGCAUUGGUGGUAUUAUCCUGAGUUUAGCUCCAGACAAAGUGGUCCUUCUGGUGGGCAGAAUCACAGUUGGUUUGGGUAUAGGUAUUGCCUCUAUGACGGUUCCUGUGUACAUCGCAGAGGUUUCCCCGUCACACCUGAGAGGUCAGCUGGUCACCAUAAACUCCCUCUUCAUCACCGGUGGCCAGUUCAUUGCCAGUGUGAUCGAUGGAGCUUUCAGCUACAUGAGCCGUGACGGCUGGAGGUACAUGCUGGGUCUGUCCGUUGUCCCGGCUGCACUGCAGUUUGUGGGCUUCUUCUUCCUGCCAGAGAGCCCCCGCUGGCUUCUUCAAAAGGGCCGGAGCCAAGAGGCCCGUCAGAUUCUCAGCAGGAUCCGAGGAGGCCGGAAUGUCGACGAGGAAUUCGACACCAUCAGAACCAGCAUCGAGGAAGAAGAGAAAGAGGCGGGUGGAGGAGGCGUUGUUAUUCUACGCAUCCUCAGGCAUGGUCCAACUCGCAGGGCUCUCAUCGUUGGCUGUGGCCUCCAGAUGUUUCAACAGCUGUCUGGGAUUAACACCGUCAUGUACUACAGUGCAACCAUUCUGCAGAUGGCGGGGGUGAGUGAUGACAAACAGGCGAUCUGGUUGGCCGCUGCAACCUCUGCCACCAACUUUGUGUUCACCUUAGUCGGAGUCUGGCUUGUGGAGCGAGUCGGCCGCAGGAAGCUGACACUGGGCAGCCUUAUAGGUACUGGUCUGAGUCUGUCUUUGUUGGCAGUCGGCUUCUUGCUUUCAGCCCAGAACUCACCAUCCAUCACCCUCCAUCCGGUCGACCCUCACAACUCAACCUGCAGACUAUACCAAUCCUGUGAAUCCUGCAUGCUGGACCCAGAUUGUGGAUUUUGUUAUCGCGAAAACGGCACCAGAGUGUACGAGUCCUCCUGCGUCCCCGUCAAUCAAGAGUCCAUAGAUCACGCAGCGUGGGGAAGGUGUUCUAACCUGACAGAGGCAGCAGGCGGCCCAAUCUGGGCUUACAACUACUGUCCCACAACCUACUCCUGGAUCGUCCUGAUGGGUCUCAUCCUCUAUCUGGCAUUUUUUGCUCCAGGUAUGGGAACCAUGCCUUGGACGGUGAAUUCAGAGAUCUAUCCACUUUGGGCCCGCAGCACCGGCAACGCCUGUUCAGCCGGGGUCAACUGGACCUUCAAUGUCCUGGUGUCUCUCACCUUCCUUCAUGUCACAGAGUUUCUGACUUAUUACGGUGCGUUCUUCAUGUACACGGGUCUAGUGGUGUUGGGUAUCCUUUUCGUCCAGGGCUGCCUGCCAGAGACGCAGGGUCUGCAGCUGGAAGAGAUCGAGAACCUGUUCACCGGUCCGCUCUGCUCUUGCGGAGCCUCUUCACCCAACGACAGUCGCCACAUCCAAUACAUCCGGGUAAAAGGCAGCAACUACCUCCCUUCUGACAACGAUGCCUCCGAUGUAGAGUAGUCCGGGAAGAAUCUGUCCUUCCACUCUGUCUUUUGGGGUUUCAUGACUUUUGACUGAGGAGUGGGAAGAUUGGUGAUGUGGAGAGGAAACGUCUUUGGUGGUUGAGACCAAAAAAUGAGCAAAAACUUAUGGCUUGAGUGAUGGAUUGUAAGUGGCUCUUUCCCCCACUUCGUUUUUUUCCUUCCUACCUGUCUCUCACCUUGGUUUGGUUUGGAGUCGGUUUGGUCUGCUUCUUCUCAUUUCCAAUCAUCUUGUCUGCCAUCGUAAAAGGAAACAUUGGAGUGAAACUUUCCAGGAUGUGACUGAACAGUGGUGCUUGAAUUAUUACCGUCCGUAAGUGGUAAAAUGAUAAUAUCACAAAAUUGAAACUGAAAAUGAUGGAAAUCUUUUAAAGGGAAUUCCAUUGAA